UGUUACCUUUAACUUUUUCUUAAAAUACCCGCUUUUUUCAUAUGACCUUUUCAUUAAAAAUAUUAACUUUUUUGCAUAUUGCAUAUUAUAGUUAUCCGGGGACCAUAGUGAGUCAUAACAGAUAAUAUAUAUUUAAGUCACGCGACAACAAUAUAUUUAAAUAUGAUAUUCGACAUUGAUCAAAAAAUUUUGAUUUUUUUUAAAAAUGGCUUAUGCUAAAAAUUUGUCUCUAAAACCAUUCGAUAUAGACGGGUUAAGUUGGCCUAGCAUAGGUACCAAACAACGUUUAAAUGAAACAACCGAACAAAAAUAUGAACGUACAAAUAAACUAGCUGAAGCGGUUAAAACUAUAUUAGAAUGUAUCGGGGAAGAUCCAGAACGCGAAGGUUUACAAAAAACUCCUCAUAGAUACGCUCAAGCAUUGAUGUUUUUUUCCAAGGGAUAUGAAGAAAGCAUUGAACAAAUAGUCAACGGAGCUAUCUUUGAAGAAGAUCACGACGAGAUGGUUAUUGUAAAGGACAUCGAAGUAUUUUCUUUAUGUGAACAUCAUUUAGUUCCAUUUACUGGAAAGAUCAGUAUUGGCUAUAUCCCAAAUAGAAGCGUUAUUGGAUUAUCUAAAAUAGCUCGUAUCGCAGAAAUGUUUUCAAGACGACUUCAAGUUCAAGAACGUUUAACAAAACAAAUUGCAGUAGCUUUACAAGAAAUACUUAAACCUCAAGGUGUUGCCGUUGUAAUGGAUGCAAGUCAUUUAUGUAUGUCAAUGCGUGGAGUACAAAAACCGGGAAGUUCCACUGUAACAAGCGUAAUGUUGGGGGUAUUUAGAGAACAAGCUAAAACUAGAGAAGAGUUUUUAACAUUAAUACGUAAUCAACGAUAAUUAUACUGAACUAUUUUAUUGCUUAGAAAUAAUAUGAAUGUAAUAAUAAAGUAAUAAUAAAAAUACUUCAUACAU